AUGGGUUUUAGUUGCUUCCAGCUCCAUUCAGGGAGCUGUGAUGACGUGCCACUUGAUUUCCAUGUGCAGCAAAAUGGCCACUAUGAGCUCCAUUCUGUUGAUAGUUCAUUUGAACCUGCUGGUGGAUCGAUCGUUCCGUUUGCAACCUUCUAUCAUGGGUCAUAUCCACAAGGCACAACCAAGAAAGAUGUCGCUGACGGUGCUUCACCGAUCAUUCAUAAUCCUGGACCUCACUUGCCUCUCUUGUCGGCAAAACCGGAGAUUUCACAUCUCAUAGAAGGUGGAAUGGGAUCACACAAGACGCAUGAGAUGAGCGGCAGGUUUAUUCCAAGAAGGAAGGCCUCGAGUAAGGCUGUGAAGAAGGCUAACGUUGUCAAAGGGCAAUGGACACCGGAAGAAGACAGGAAAUUAGUAAAGUUAGUGGAACAGUUUGGACUGAGGAAGUGGUCUCAGAUGGCGCAAAUGCUGCCUGCAAGAGUAGGAAAGCAGUGCAGAGAAAGAUGGCACAACCAUUUGAGACCUAACAUCAAGAAAGAUACUUGGAGUGAGGAGGAAGAUAUGGUUCUGAUACAAACGCACAAGGAGGUUGGCAACAAAUGGACAGAGAUAGCUAAGCGCCUCCCUGGGAGAACAGAAAACUCCAUAAAAAAUCAUUGGAAUGCAACAAAGAGAAGGCAAUUUGCGCGGAGGCGGACCCGCAGUAGAGCUAAGAAUCCCAAAUCAGGGACCCUUCUACAAAACUACAUCAAAAGCCUUGGGAUUGGCUCUAGCAAGGUCAUUGUUCCUCUAGAUCCGAAAGAACCUCCAUUGUCAGCAUCUUCACCAGCAACCCCAACACAAAAUCGGGCACAUAUGAAUGAUAAUUGGCCAGAAUCCAACCCAUCCAACAUAAUGCUCACCCAAGGAAUAUUCAGCACAGAUAAGAGACAGAUUCACUCAUGUGAAGAAAUUCUAGUUCCCACAUCUGAUGACUUUUCUGUGGAUAUGUGUGAUGGUUUAUUUAACGCAGAGGAGGUGCAAUACCAGGCUUACAACAUAGAUGAUGAUGUUCACAUGGACUAUAUCAUCUACCAUAUUGAUUAUUCUAUUAAGAUUGAGCAUGAGAUAGAUAUGGAUAUGACAUGGGAUGACGAUGCACUCUUAAACAUUGAAUCUGGAUGA